AACUGUCAAAAUCAUUUGAGAUCUUCUUCAAAACACGUGGAAAAGGUUAUAACGUGGAUUUUAAUUUCUUACAAAUAAUUUACGUUUUUGAAAAUUUUGUGAAUUAAGAGGCAUAUUUUGCUGCAAAUAUGUCACAGCUAUAUGUCCUCUACGAACAUGCUGCGGGCUUCUCGCUGUUCUCGGUCAAGGAGUUCGAGGAAGUGUCUAUGUUUUUACCCCAAGUUGAAGCUUCGGUCACCGAUAUAUCUAAAUUCAACUCAAUCGUAAAAUUGGUUGGUUUUGCUCCUUUCAAAACUGCCAUCGCUGCACUUGAAAACAUUAACGCCAUCUCUGAGGGUAUAGCGCCACAAGAUUUAUUGGUUUUCCUGGAUGACUUUUUCUCCAAGCUAAAGAAAAAGAAGUGUACCUUAGGUAUUGCAGAUGCCAAGUUGGGUGCCGCAAUCACCGAAUCAAUCGGUGUACAAUGUAGCCAUUUUGGUGCAGUACCAGAAAUAAUUCGUGGCAUUCGUUUCCAUUUUCAUCGUCUAGUUAAAGGAUUUACGGACAGUUCGGCUGGCAUAGCUCAACUGGGCUUGGGUCACAGUUAUUCUCGUGCUAAAGUGAAGUUCAAUGUACAUCGUUCAGAUAAUAUGAUUAUUCAGUCCAUAGCGCUCUUAGAUCAGCUGGAUAAGGACGUUAACACGUUCUCAAUGCGUAUACGUGAAUGGUAUUCAUAUCAUUUCCCAGAGUUGGUUAAAAUUGUUCCUGAUAACUAUUUAUUUGCCAAAGCUGCUAAAUAUAUUAAAGAUCGUAAGAGUCUUACCCAAGAUAAACUUGAGGAAUUAGAAGAGAUUGUCAUGGAUUCAGCAAAAGCACAAGCUAUUAUAGAUGCAGCCAAAAUGUCAAUGGGUAUGGACAUUUCCAUUGUUGAUUUAAUGAAUAUUGAAUUAUUUGCCGAACGAGUUGUUCGACUAUCUGAAUAUCGUAAAAAAAUGGCUACCUAUUUGCACAACAAGAUGGAAGCUGUUGCACCAAAUUUGCAGUCAUUAAUUGGAGAUCAAGUUGGUGCGCGCCUUAUUUCACAUGCUGGUAGUUUGACUAACUUGGCUAAGUAUCCCGCAUCGACAGUACAAAUUUUAGGAGCAGAGAAAGCGCUUUUCCGUGCUUUAAAAACUCGCUCCAACACUCCAAAAUAUGGUUUGCUAUACCAUUCGUCAUUCAUUGGACGUGCAGGCUUAAAGAACAAAGGUCGUAUAUCACGUUUCUUGGCGAACAAAUGUUCCAUUGCUUCACGUAUUGAUUGUUUCUUGGAGAAACCAACAAGUGUAUUUGGUGAAACUCUCAAGCAACAAGUUGAAGAUCGAUUGAAAUUUUACGAAUCUGGUGAGGUUCCAAGAAAAAAUAUUGAAGUAAUGAAGGAGGCUAUGGAAGCGGCCGAAAAAGAAGAAACAGUUACUGAGACACAAACAUUGAAAAAGAAAAACAAGAAGAAGAAACGCAAGGCGGAGGAUUUAGAAAAUGGUAACGGUGUGGAGGGCAGUAAAGCCAAUGGCAACGCUGAGGAAGCAAAUUCAACUAUUGUCGAAGAUAAUGGAGCUGAAGCCGAGGACGGUGAACCCAAGAAGAAAAAGAAAAAGAAGAAGAACAAGAAUAAGAACUCUGAAGCUUGAUUGUGUCAAAGAAGAUAAUUAGCUUAACUCAUGUAUUUACGCAGUUGUAACUAGCACGUAUAUUAUUUUGACACCACUUUUUUAGUUUUAAGUUAUGAAAAAUUUGCUACUUUCACUAGUUUAUUUCGAUAAGAUACUAUUGCGCUAGUUCGGAAUUAAAAAUAAAGUGCAUUUUAUAAUAUUAAUGGUA